AUGGUCAUGGAUGUCGCUCGCACGUCCAUGAUCCAUGCGGCUACUCCCCAUUUUCUGUGGCCGUUUGCGGUUCAGUACGCGGCGCAUCAGAUCAACCUUCAGCCCCGGGUCUCCAUGCCCGACACCUCCCCCACUCUGAGGUGGACGGGGCAGGUUGGCGAUGCGUCUGCGUUUCGUGUCUGGGGAUCUCGGGCUUUUGUCCGAGACUUGUCUACGGACAAGCUGUCCUCCCGUGCCGUUCCCUGCGUCUUCCUUGGCUUCCCCCCUGACGCGCCUGGUUGGCAGUUUUACCACCCCACCUCGCGCCAUGUUCUGUCCUCCCAGGACGUCACGUUUGACGAGUCGGUUCCGUACUACCGUCUCUUCCCCUACCGCGCUGCCCCCCUCCCUCCCCCGCCGCUGUUCCUUGCACCAGGUCCCCCCCCGGUAGACCCCCUCCCCCCUCAGGGUCCUGCUCCUUCGGGUGUAUCUCAGGUAGACCCCCCCCCCUUGGCUGAGCCUUUGGAGGUCACUUCCGACACCUCUGGCUCACCUGAGGGGGGUGAAGAUGCUGCUGACGCCCCGGCGGCCUCCCGCCGCGCACCACGCUUGGAGACCCCUCCGGGGUUCCCUCCGCGACCUUCUUCACCGCCUCUGCAGCCGGUUACUGUUGACUCUGGUGCUGUUGGGGGUGGUGCUCCUGGAGGUGCUGCGUCUGGGGGUGCGGAGUCUGGGGGUGCUGAGCCUGUGCGUGAGGAGACUGGAGGUCCUGCGCCUGGGGGUGCUGUGUCUGGGGGUACUGAGCCUGUGUGUACGGAGUCUGGGGGUGCUGAGUCUGGAGGUGAGACGCUUGAGGGUACUGGGACUGCUGUGCGCCGCCUACUUGGAGUGGCCGCCUUCGUCCGCGUGUGCCUCUCACCACUCAGCAGCUGCACGACUGGUACGGUUGCCGUCAGCGUCGCGCUGCUGGAGCCCGGGGCUCUGCUGCUGGAGGUACUGGAGCUACUGGGGCUGGGGGUGCUGCGCCUGGAGGUGCCGUUGCUGGUUAUGGGGGUGCUGCUGCGGGAGACCCUGCGGUUGGAGACCCUGGGACUGGAGGUGCCGGUUCUGGGGGUGCUGCUGCUGGUGACGCUGGUUCUGGUGGUGCUGCCGCUGGAGGUACCGGUUCUGCGACUGGAGCUGCUGGAGCUGCUGGAGGCACUGGAGCUGCUGGAGUUGCUGUAG